GGGCCGCCCCGGCGCGGCGGGACCAUGGAGGUCGGAGCACAGCCCUGGCGCCAGCAGCGGGACCGCGGACCGUUUUAAUUUUGAUUGCUGUUACUACUGGUAUCUGAGCCAAAGUGGUGAUGCCACUUGAGGGAAAUUUCUGCAACUUGUAAGUCAACGAUUAUAUGAUUGUGAGCCAUGCCUUUAGUGAAGAGGAACAUCGAACCCCGGCACUUGUGCCGGGGAGCUCUGCCUGAAGGGAUUACCAGUGAACUUGAGUGUGUCACCAACAGCACUCUUGCUGCCAUCAUACGCCAGCUUAGCAGUCUGAGCAAACAUGCUGAAGACAUAUUUGGUGAGUUGUUUAAUGAGGCUAACAACUUCUACAUCAGAGCAAAUUCUCUUCAAGACAGAAUUGAUCGCCUUGCUGUCAAAGUUACCCAGCUGGAUUCAACGGUGGAAGAGGUGUCACUACAGGAUAUCAACAUGAAAAAAGCUUUCAAAAGUUCCACAGUCCAAGACCAGCAGGUGGUUUCAAAGAACAGCAUUCCUAAUCCUGUUGCUGACAUUUACAACCAGAGUGAUAAGCCACCACCUCUGAACAUCCUGACACCAUAUAGAGAUGAUAAGAAGGACGGGCUGAAGUUCUAUACUGAUCCUUCCUAUUUCUUUGACCUCUGGAAAGAAAAAAUGCUACAAGACACUGAAGACAAGAGGAAAGAGAAAAGGCGUCAGAAGGAGCAAAAGCGUAUAGAUGGCACCACCCGUGAGGUGAAAAAGGUUAGAAAAGCCAGAAACAGGCGCCAGGAGUGGAAUAUGAUGGCAUAUGACAAAGAGCUUAGACCCGACAACAGGUUGUCUCAGAGUGUGUACCACGGAGCGUCUUCCGAGGGAUCCCUGUCCCCAGACACUAGGUCCCAUGCAUCGGAUGUCACGGAUUACUCUUAUCCAGCUACUCCCAACCAUUCUCUGCACCCCCAGCCAGCCACCCCUUCAUACGCAGCUGGUGAUGCACCGCCGCAUGGGCCUGCAAGCCAGGUGCCUGAGCAUGAGUACCGGCCACCCUCAGCCUCAGCCAGGCACAUGGCCCUAAACAGACCUCAGCAGCCGCCGCCCCCACCUCCUCCACAGGCCCCAGAGGGGUCCCAGGCCUCCGCACCGAUGGCUCCAGCAGACUAUGGGAUGCUCCCAGCACAGAUAAUUGAGUAUUACAAUCCAUCAGGACCACCUCCACCGCCACCACCCCCUGUGAUUCCUUCUGCACAAACUGCCUUUGUCAGCCCUCUCCAGAUCCCCGUGCAGCCCUCCUUCCCCACACCAGCCGGCUCCACCUACACAGGGCCUCCUCACCCUCCCUCCACGGGGCUCCUGGCUGCAGCUCCACCUCCCCCAGGCCCACCGCCACCCCCACCAGGCCCACCUGGGCCGGGGUCUUCUCUGUCAUCCUCCCCAAUGCAUGGUCCCCCAGCAGCGGAGGCCAAGCGACAGGAGCCUGCACAGCCACCAGUUAGUGAUGCCCGGAGCGAUCUCCUUGCUGCUAUUCGGAUGGGAAUUCAGCUGAAAAAGGUCCAGGAGCAGCGUGAGCAGGAAGCCAAGCGGGAGCCAGUUGGGAACGAUGUGGCCACGAUCCUGUCUAGCUGUACCAGGAGCACAUGA